CCAACACCAACUGCACCACCUGCGUGCGUGCAUGUUUUGCCAAAACGCCAGUAAUAAUAAUUGCAUCUGGAACCAGGAACCAGAUAGCAUUACGCCGCUGUCAUAAUAUAGCUUUACUUGUUUUGUUAUUUUUGUAGUAAUUACCUAUCAUUUUAUCAGUAAUAGUCAUGAAUUAUUAUCAAAACUGAGGAUUCCUGCCAAACACAGCGCCGGUUGUUAAGGUUCUGGAAAGAUUUCAACAUUUUUCACAAGUGACAAGUCACAAGGAUUAAUUAAUUCCUAGAACGUGACUGUUACCCAUUCGGAUGUGAGCGUGAGAUGGAUAUGCUCCCGAUCCGAUCAUGACCGUAUCAACAUCCGCUGCCUGAAUAGCCGGGAUUGUGAUCCGCAAGCCCCGCGGGCUACUGUUGUGUGAGUUGGGUGUCUUGAAUCAGAGAGGCUGAUCCGUAAUUACAUUAGCCGCGCGCUGUAUGUUGCAAUUGCGGGAUUAAGUGGUCUGGCCUGCACUGACUGUGCUUAUCAUCGCUAAUCAUGGCUGUCAAUGGAAUUAGCCAUAAUGGAGAGCAGCAUUCCCAUUCCGACGAAGAAGGCAGCAGUACGGGAUUCCACAGUCCCGGCAGCCGUGACUCGUUUUCCCGAAGAGGAAGCAAUCGCAACUGGGCGGAAACUGGUCGUACAAAACUGCAAAAGGAGCGCCAGCGAAUAAACCAUCAAAUUAACAAAGAAAUUCAAAUUCGCGCCGGCGCCGAGCGUUUAUUCCGUGCGACGAACAACCGUAAACAACAUGAAAAGAUCGCCGCUGAACUAUCGGUGGUCAAUGCCAAUUUGCAGCUGCUCAGCGAGGAGAUGGCCGAACUCAACACUUCAGUGCAUGUCUAUCAAGAAGAGACAGGCGACUUGGUGCCAUUGAUUCCACUGGGCUUGAAAGAAACAGUUGAUCUUGACUUUUCCGAUUCUCUGACUGAAUUUUUGGUUAGUCAUUAUCAUGUGACCGAUUUGGAGGAAUAUGACCGAGCCAUUGGAAUAUUUAUGUCCCUUCGCAAUGCUUGUCGCAGUCCAUCCCGAGAUGAGAAUGGAAUCUCCCUUCUUCUGGAAUAUGUACAUACCUUAAGUUUAAUUGAGCGGCGUUUCUUCACACCUGUCACGGGCAUUAAAUUCCAGUGGUAUGAUUCGCUAAUUGGAAUUCCCUGCAUACAAAAGUCGGUGGCUUUUGAAAAAGCCAGCACACUUUUCAACAUGGGCUCGUUGUAUACACAAAUCGGUGCUCGACAACGCGCGAAAUCAAUGGAAGGUCUCUCUUCCGCAUCGGCAGCCUUUCAGAAAGCGGCUGGGAUCUUCCAGUUUAUUGCCAACAGUUUUAAUAAUGCUCCCAGCAUGGAUCUCAAACCGGAAACACUGCGCAUGCUGGUCAGCUUAAUGCUGGUUCAGAGUCAAGAGUGUCUGUAUGAUUUGUCGUUGUUGUCGGACCGAAAUGGACACUUAAUCCACGCUCAAGAAGCCGCACAGGUUUCGAAAGGUUUCACAGUCGUGCACGAUGCCAUCUCUGCCGCCCCUGUUAAACAGUAUGUACCAUAUUCCUGGAUUUCUAUGGUGCUGGUUAAAGUGGAAUUCUACAAAGCCAAAUCCCAUUUUCAUACGGGUCUGGCACUGGCCGAUUACAAUAUAUCUCUAGCCAAAAUUGCGGAUAUUCUGGAAGUUGGGGUUUUGGCUGAAUCGUUUGGGAAAGAAAAUCGGAAAAAUCUGGCACGUAAUCACGUUCGACAAGCCACCCUGUUGUUUGAGGAGUGUAUACGAAUUCACAGGAUGUGCCGGCUGUUGAGAAAGGUGGACAUGCUGCUCUCCGUGUUGAGAAAUGCACAUGAUAGAAGUCUGGAACUGUACCAAAGGCUGGAAGAUGAAGAGAACUUCGCACCAGCUAGCACUCCACCAGGAAUUUUAGCUAAAGCACAGAAGAUUUCUGAACCGAUCGCUCCAAAUUUCACUCAAGUCAGGGUGAAGGAUCCCUUCCGUGAUCUGGGUCCUCUUCACGUAUUUAACGCUUCCAACGAAUGGUCUAAGCCAAAACUGAUCCACAUGAUUAAAUCUGGUGCGGUGGAUUCCUACGGAUUCAGCGUGCGGGGUAGUUCACCCGUCUCGGUAACGGAAGUUGAAUCGGGAAGCAUUGCUGAGGAAAAUGGUUUGAAGAAAGGCGAUAUAAUAACGAAACUUCAUGAUGAAAACGUUACCUGGGAGAUCCACGAAAAAUUGGUGGAGAAGAUGCGCCAACAUCCAGAAGAACUGAUUUUGACUGUGGUCACACCAUUCGCAUUGGCCCCGGGACAGACCAUUAACAGACAUGAGGUGAGCAAAAUCAAAAUGAAUGGCCACGCCAAGAAGAAAUGACGCCAUGCACAAACGGGAACGGCUGGCUAAUGAAUCCUGCCAGAUUUUUGGGAUGUUAUUGUUGUGAUAAUUUGGAGCCUUCUUCUUAGUGGUUUUGCUUUGAACUUUUAUAAUGUUCAGAUUUUUGAAAGGUUUUAGUGUAUCUGUUCGGAUGUUAUCGGGCAAAAUGUUCUUGUAAUAUAUUUUUGUAUACGUUUCUGCUACAAGAGAGAUUGGGUUUCCUCUUUGCAAAUUUUGCCCAAGUUGGUAGAAUGAGCGCAGCCUGCAAUUGGCAUUGUGAUAAAAAACACACCGAAUUCAGUUUUGAGUUUUUGUGCAUCUCCC